UAUUUCCACUUUAAAUUUCUUUCUGCCCAUUAAACAAUGAAAAUGGCAGAUUACCAAUCAUCCUUUCCCCUCUAAAGGAAACACCCAUCAUUGCUCCCAACAAUCCUUUUCAACCUUAGAAACCUGAGCUUCUAAGAUAUUCCCACCCAUUCUUCAAAUCCUUCUUCUUCUUCCAUUCCAAUUCCUUUUUCCUCUUUCCUCUUUUCUCUUUCCAUUCUCUCAGUAUUAAUACCCCACUCUUUACACCCUUUAUUCCUCCCUUCUCCUUCCUUACUCAUUCUCAACCUCUGUUUUCCUCUGUUUUUCUUUUCUUGUUAAUUUCUGAUCCAACCACAAAUUAUGGAUCCUACUUCUGGAUUUUACACCUUCAUAACAAGAGGAAUAGAUGAUCUAGAAAGGGUAUUCCUUUCUAACAAUUUCAUGUCAAUACAAUUCCUUCAAAGAGCACUUUCUCUUCUUAGAUCAUUCCAUUCUCAAUUGACAAUUCUUGUUCAAAAGCUUCACCUUUCUGUGGGAGAUAAAUGGCUUGAUGAAUACAUGGAUGAAAGCUCUAAGCUUUGGGAUGCUUGUCAUAUCCUUAAAUCAGGAAUUUCAAACAUGGAGAAUUACUACUCUUCUGGCCUUAACAUCGCUUCCUCUCUCGACGGCCAUCGCCACAUCACUCCUCAACUCUCUAGACAGGUGAUUCGGGCACUUUCCGGAUGUAGAAGGGAAGCAAUAGGAAUGGAAGAGGAAAACAGAGCAUUAGUGGAGACAAGAAUCGAAGCAUUAUCCCUUAGAUUCGAUGAAAAAGUAUCAGUUGAAUCCAAAUUGAACGGUUUUAGUGGGUUCCGAGGAGUUCUAUAUGCUAUGAGGAAUGUGAGUUCUUUACUACUUAUGAUCCUGUUAUGUGGAUUAGUCUACAAUUGGCCAGAAUCAAACGUUCUUAGGGGAGGAUAUGAAGGAUGUGUAAUAUUUGGGUCAGCUUUUAUGGUGUCAACAGCAAGAUUACAGCAAAGGGUAGCAGCACAGAUGAACCAGAUCAAUGGAGGAAGACCAGGGGUACUUCUUUACGAGUUUCGAAGAUCGAAAGCCGCCAUGGAAGAGCUGAAGGCAGAAUUAGAAAGGAAAGGAGGAGAAAGAUCAGUGGAGUGGGAAUCUGAGGUAGGAAUAAGGGAAAGAGUUGACAAUUUAAAAGGUUGUUUUGGGGUUUUAAGAUCUGGUGUUGAGAAUAUCAUCAGCCAACUUGAUGAUUUCUUUGAUGAAAUUGUUGAUGGAAGGAAGAAAUUAUUAGAAUUUUGCAGUCACAGAUAAAUUAUGAAAACCAAAAACAAUAGAAAUGUUCAAAAUGGAUUAAGAAAAAGAAAAUUUACAGUUUUUCAGAUGAUCAAUACCAGCAAGAUCAAGAUGAAAUGGUUGUUGUUGGGUAUCUAUGGCCUUUAUCACCCUCAUUUUCCUCCCUUAAUUCCUUCCCUGCAAGAAAAAAAAAAACUUUUUCUAAAUCCCAUUAUCACAAGAUGAAUCAAGAAUCAAAUGUUUUCCCAAGAAAGCCCUUAGAUAAAGGGGGUAUUUUUUUUUUUCUUUUUUUCAAUUAUUAUGAUUUGAUGGCAAUAUUAGUUAGGGAUGUUAAUUAGUAGCAUUAGUUUUUUUUAUAUAUAUUUAUUAUUAUCUACUAGUAAGUAAGUGAUUCAUACAGACUGCUGUAAUCAAAGUGAAUCAAUCAGUUUCAGUGUAAGUUAAAUAUGAAGACUUUCACAUUAUAUUUUGAAGUGUAGAAAUGAAACAAAAUGAUGGACA